CACAAUGCAACACGCUGCCACGUCUCCGGCCAUGUUGGUUGUCCGACAACUAAAAUACUAGCAACUGUCGGUAACUUUCGGUACCCUUACGAACAUGGGUGGCUCUCUUAGUUCCGAGAUCCCCGGUGGUGGCACCGAAGGAUAUCAUGUCUUACGGGUACAAGAGGGAUCACCUGGUCACAAAGCUGGUCUUGAAGCUUUCUUCGAUUUCAUUGUGGCGAUAGGCAAUUCGAGACUGAACCAAGAUAAUGACACUCUAAAAGAAUUACUAAAGACCAAUGUAGAGAAGCCAGUUAAGAUGACAGUGUACAGCAGCAAGACUCAAGGAGUGAGGGAGGUGACCAUCGUCCCCAGCCACAACUGGGGAGGCCAGGGACUCCUGGGGGUCAGCAUUAGGUUUUGUUCAUUUGAAGGAGCUAACGAGAAUGUAUGGCACAUCUUGGAAGUGCAACCCAACUCUCCUGCUGAUCUGGCGGGGCUUAAAUCAAACACAGAUUACGUCAUUGGGGCAGACUCUGUGCUACAUGAGUCUGAAGACUUAUUUACUCUAAUAGAAUCACAUGAAGCCAAACCCCUGAAGCUGUACGUGUACAACAUAGAUACUGACUCAUGUAGAGAAGUCACCAUCACUCCCAAUGGAGCCUGGGGAGGGGAAGGGAGCCUUGGCUGCAACAUUGGGUAUGGCUACCUGCACAGAAUCCCGAAGCGUCAGUUUCCCUCGGGACCUAACCAGCCCGGAGCAGAGGGAGUUCCCCCCGGCCAGGGUGCUUCAGCAGCAGCACCAGCUAAGUCUCCAGAUGGCUUCUCUGAGGUCUCACUGAGCACGUCACCAGGUGGACUGCCAGCAGGCAUGGCCAAUUUGUCAUUAAACACAGGGUCCCCUACCAUCCCAGUCAUGCCUCCUGGAGGUCUUCCUGCUGCUGCCUCACCACCAGGUGGAGCUUUCCCCUCACAGCCCCCAGUCCCCCUUCCAAACUUUACAUCUGCUACAGGUUUUCCCGCUGGCAUGCCCAACCCUGCAGGUCUACCAACAUUGUCAUCAAUGCCACCCUUAACGUCGACGAUAUCUUUACCAGGCAUGCCCCCUGUGUCGUUGCCCCCCUUGUCAUCACUGGCUUCCCCAGGAAUGCCUAUGAAUGUUCCUAUGACAACAGGCCUGCCCCAGGUUCCAGUGUCACUGCCAGCUCCUGUUCCUAUGCCUAAUCUUGGACCUCUUCCCAAUGUUGGCCUGCCACCUGUUAGCUCUGUGAUGACCCUGCCUCCACCAGUGGUUAACGGCAGCACCGAGCAGCCUGCCACAGACGAGACACAAACACAGGCCCCAGUGCCCGCCAAGGUCGCAGACUCACCUGUCGCACCACCAGAGGGAGCUGUGGCCUCAUCAUAAUGGAGAGAACAAUUCUAAUUCGGGAAAGGGUUUCUUGCGACAAACUAUUGUUUUACGUGACCGAGAUUUGGUGUACAUAUAUGUACAAAGUCAUUUCAGGGGCCAUGGGCUAGUUGAUUCCAGAACCUGAAGUGACUUUCUUCUCGACUGGCAUGGACAACAUUAAGUGUUGAUGGAGUGCUGAAACAUAGAUUUGGCAAGAAUGAAGGGGAUGUUCUGUUGAAUGUUCAGAGCAGAACAGCCAAACAUGGACUUUAAGAACAAGCUGCAUCAAGCCACACCCUACAUGUAUCUAUGCCUCUGUCAUUGAUGUGAAUAUCACCAUGGUUACUAUCUGAAUCCUGUACAUAUGCCCUUGUCCUCAUAGUGAAAUGGAGAGAAGUUGGGCCCAAUCUUUUCCAAAUUUGUUUUACUUUACACAUUAAAAGUAUCUCUUGAAAAUGUAGCUAGCUGGUUUAUUUGGGAGAAGAGUUAUGUCCCUUAGACCUGUUUGGACCUUAGGGUUAUGAAAAGUUCCCAACUGAUUUUGGGGUUAUCGUAUUGUGCUUGUAAAUACUUCUGUAAACAGAAUAGGGGAAUUUAUUAAAAAGGUACCAAGGUAAAAAUGGUACCUAAUCUGUUACACGUUUUUAUGAACUAACAUUAUUCUUACUGCUUUAUGUAAUAUGGGUUUGAUGGAGAUGUGUUACCAUGGUUACUGACAAUUAUUGGCCGGCAAAUUCUUGUUCAUUUGUCUCACAAUGUUCAGCAUGUACCUCACAUACCCUAAUAUCAGUGAUAUUGAACAUAAAGUCAUUUUAUGAAGAAAAUGUGUUUGAUAUCCAUAUUUACAUUUCUGAAAACCUAGUGCUCAAUAUGUGUCAGUUGCAGUGUGACUUUUAAUGUCAUGACUCUGAAUAAAACCUGGGACACUAAUCUGUUGCAAUUAAUAAAUAAUAGUGAAAUAUGUAAUGAUUUUAUAACAACUCCCGUUAUUUCAGCUUUAUUUGAUUAGUUGAUUGUAAUUUAUGGCUGGAGAGUAAAAUGAAGAUUUGAGUUAUGAAUUGAUUAUGGAUUUAAUUAAACUGAGAUAAUGUACAAAUCUUAUUUUGUUACUGCAAUGUUAUGUGUAUAUUUGCAAAUGCUGCAUGGUUGUUAGUUUUCACAUGAAGCAUACAAUAAGAGUGCUGGUCAGCUGAAUCUCCAAGGUGGCAGAAUGUACAAAUACAGGCUGCUGUAAGUCCACACCCAACUAGAAGCCAUAUCUUCCCCAGUUACCACAUACAAGACUAACAUCUCAUCUUCAUCUACACUCAUGAUUACUUUAUGUGGCUGAAGCCCACUUCUGGUGUCACCCGCCGUUAUAUGGCUGGAAUAUUGUUACAAGCGGCGUAAAACCAAACUCACUCACUCGCUUUAUGUGGCAACAGUUUUCUGUUGGGAUUUUCUAAUGGCUGUCUUUGAGAAGUCAUAGCGAAGAGUUGUCUCCCUUGUAUGAGACGUCUUGGUCUUUACUAUUUAACAUAUGAAAAUUUGUAUUGAUAAAUCACAUAUACAUCUCAUUAAUAUAUUUACCAAGUUGUUUUGAUUGUUUACAGAAAUUAAAGAAGCAUUGGACUAAAGCUAUCUUGAUUUAUGCUGAAGUUCAUCCAUCUAUUCAGAUAUUCAACUUCUGUUAGUCCCAUUUGAAUCAGACUUACAUGUUACAGUGUUCCUUGUGGACAGUUUGGGCAACAAAUAUGUACAGUUGAAGAUAUUGAUGAGGACUGUAGUGGUCUUAGACAUAUAACACAUCUUCUAUCUACUACUAGUAUGUAUGGCAGUCAUCGUGAAAUUGUAUCUAUCAAGAAGUGUUGAAUGCAGCGGCAAGCCAACCCAUAAACUUCUCAUUAUCAACUUCAGCAUUUAGCAUGGCUAACUGAGAUAUAUGUAAGCAUGAAUGUCUAACAGUAAAGAGAGUAAUUAAACAGAUCAGUGCAAUUCUUCAGCAUUCUGUGCAAAUUCCGGCAUUUUGAAUGGGUUACAAAUUGGCAUGUUUAUUAUGACAGUUGAAUUAUAUUUGAAGUACAGGUUGAUGUCAUCAAGUGGUAAUAUCUUUGUAGACCAUGUGUGAGAACAAAUGUGGGACAGAUAAAAACAUGUAUGGCAUGGUUUUGUCUUAAAAAUAAAUUAAGAAUUGGAAGGUGAA